UAAUUGAUUAUGUGGUUGGCGCGAACCCGAUCCAAACACCCCGACGUGGCCCGCUCUAUAACCGCCUCUCCCUCUGCCCAUCUCCACCGCCCGGCCUGACAAUGGAAGCGCUGCUCUCUCCGCCGCCUCCUUUCACCGCCCCAAAGCUGCUCCGCCGGACCAGGAUCCGGUAUUCCCCAAAACCUGGCGCCAAACUCAUCUUCAGGGCCACAACACCUCAGCUCCCAGGAACCGGAAAGCCGGACCGGCAAAUGAAGGCGUCGGCAAUUGAUGGCGUCACGGCGGCUGCUGAUCCUUCCCGGUCUGGGGUCACAUGGCAAAUUGUCGUCGGAGCCAUAGCUGGAGUCACCCCUUUCGUGGUGGCCGGAAUCGAGUUCAGCAAAAGAAUCAUCAAACAGAGGAGAUGUGAAGUCUGUGGAGGCUCAGGACUCGUCCUCGAAGAGAAGGAAUAUUUCCGGUGCCCCGGUUGUGGUACGAUUCAGUUUAUACUCCUCAACGAGGUCGAUAAUUCAUUUAAUUCAUCAGCGGCUCUUUUACUGCACCUUUGCAGGCGGGUUUCUUCCAUGGCAGUCAUGGAAACGGUUCUUCUCUGGUUAAUUCACAGCUCGUCCCCGGUGACAAUAUUCCCGACACGCAGAAAAGUUGUAGUGUACAGAUUACAGUCCAUGUUGCUGCUGCCUAUGGCAUCAUUACUGUAUAUCUUAGGAUUGGUAAAUAUUUUACAGUCAAUUCAUCGAGGAAAGAUAUGCUUUGUUCUUCCGGUAAGUGGUGUAUUUCGAGCGUGUCAAUGCAAAUAUUAAACAGGAAAAGAUGAAACUUGUCAACUUUCGUAUUCGCACUUGCCUGCGAUGAUGGAGUUGCUAUAGAACCAUUAUCCACCAUGUCCAGAAGAUAAACAUAUAAAGUGAUACCGAUGGCUUUUGUCU